CGCAGCUCCCUCUCUCCCUUUCAAGAACCAGCUAAAACCCAGAUAAGAUUCUUCCUCAUCAUCUUUAUUACGUUACCUUCUCUCACAUCCUCGCCAAAACAUGGCGCCACGUGUUUGCCAACCGAGCUCUCUCCCUUUCUGGCCUCGCUUACCAUGUUUGCCACCUUGUUCGUAUCGAAUCCUAAAGGAUAAAACGCUCCUCCUUUUUUUGUUGUCGAGCUGCACAGAGUGUGAAGUUUAUUGAGUUGGUCUUAUCCUGAGCAAUGGCAUCGCCCAGAAGUUAUGCGAUUCCUGAGGGCUGGGUGAUGCGGAAGAAGGUUGAGAACGACGGGACUGAGGUCGAGCGCUUCGUCUGUCUUGCAACAGGACUAGAAUUUGGAACCUAUAAUGGGAUGAUGCGGUAUGUUCAUUUUGCUAUAGCUAGAGAAGCUUCCGUCUACUCACCGGGCUUCAGUCCACCGAAGAAAAAAGCCAGCUCUAAGCGGGGAAAGAAGAAAGCGAGCUCUAAGCAGAGAAGCAAUGCACAAAAGGAAGGGGGAGCAAAGAAGAAAGCGAGCUCUAAGUAGGGAAGCAAUGCACAAAGGGAUGGUGGAGCUCUAAGCGGGGAAGCAAUCCGAGCUCAAAUUUAAAAAUAGAUCAAGCUUUGUGUUAGAAAGAAAAGGCUGGUUAUUUCAAAACCGGCUAUUUCUCCCCUCUCUCGUCUAUCUUCUCCCCCCUAACUAGCGAGAAUGUUUGUAAUUUUUCAUUAUUAAUAAGUGUAUCAAUUGUGUUUGUUCUGGAAUUGUUAUUCAUAUUAUGUUUUUGUACCACAUUUUCAU